AUGUAUACGAGAAACUCAACCACAAUUCUGUUUUUGGGUUUCCACAACUUGGAUACAUUUAAUCUAGCUCUCUUCACCUUACUUCUUAUUAUAUACAUUGUGACAAUCUGUGGAAACCUCUUGAUCAUUGUGCUGGUGUUCUGCAGCAAGACCCUACACUCGCCUAUGUACAUCUUCCUUACCCAGCUCUCCAUAUCUGACAUCAUGCUGACCACAGAUAUCAGCCCUAAUAUGCUAAACAUUGUAUUGCAUGAGCAGACUUCCAUAUCUUUGUCAAGCUGCAUCACCCAGUUUUAUUUCUCCUCUUUAUCAUUAGUGUCUGAAUGUUUUAUACUCACAGUGAUGUCCUAUGACCGAUAUCUUGCCAUCUGCACUCCAUUGCAUUAUGCCUCCAUUAUGAAUCCUUCAGUUUGCAGCAAAUUCAUUUUUGUUUCCUGGUUUUGGGGCUGUUCUCUGGUAUUAAUGUUAACACUUAGCAUAUGUCAGCUAGAAUUCUGCGGGCCAAGUACAGUUGACCAUUUCUUUUGUGAUUUAAAUGUUCUGGUGCAACUUUCUUGUUCAGAUGCAUCCAUAGUCCAAGCAGAAGGCAUCUUGCUAAGCAUCCAUGUUAUAGUCUUACCGUUCCUUGUCAUAGUAGUUUCAUAUACAUACAUUGUUAUGACCAUAUCAAAGAUAUUCUCCUUUUCAGGAAGGCUCAAAUCCUUUUCCACUUGCAGCUCCCACCUGACAGUUGUGUCUAUAUUUUAUGGGACGCUAAUUGCUAUGUACAUGUGUCCUAAAGAAGGCCAAUCACAGAUUAUCACUAAGAUACUGGUUAUGUUGUACACAGUAUUUACUCCCUUAUUAAAUCCUUUCAUAUACAGUUUGAGGAAUAAAGAUAUCAAGGAAGCUCUGAGAAAUGUUCUGAUUAGAAAAAAGGUUACAAUAUGA